ACAACAGGACUUUUUGAAGACUCACAGUUGAACCUUAUUUUUAUGCCUGAAUUGAUUAAAACUUUUAACUUCUUUUACAGACUCUAGUCCAGUUCUUAUUUCUGUGAAUAAGCAGGACCUUCAGUACAGCAGAAACAGUAGACCUGUCUUAGCUCCAUGCAUAAAUUAUGAUGUCUGCUUCUUAGCAAUACUCUCUGCGACAUCAGCAGCAGAGUCAGCUAACAGUGGCUGGGGGAUGCCACAGUCUGGAACUCUACUACACAGAUGGACAUGGAUUUCUGUGGCUUGAUAAACCAUCUGGAUUUCUUACAUUUAGGGUGAAUCCAAUUAUUUGUUCUUUCCUUUGGAGGGUGAAAAGUGUCUUCCCAACAAGCUUCUGUUCACAGACUAAGAAAGAUGGAGUCUUUCCUCUUGGAUGACGUCAGCUCUGUGAUACGGAACAAAGGCAUUGAGAGAAUCAUCUCACCAAUGAUCGUUCAGCUUUGCCAUCUCCUCAUCUCAAUGGAGAGGAAAGAAGUGGAGAAUGAAGUAUUUGCCUCGUUGGAGAUGAUGGCUGAGGAACUGGCUAAAGCUUGUGAAGACUUUGUGCAAGUUGCCAAAAGGCUUGUAGGAGACUCUGAGGAGGAGUGGCUCAAGGAGGAAAUAGAGGCUGCUGCCCAGUCUCUGACCCUGUUUGGAAGGAACAUCACACUGGUGGCUCAGAGACUCCAUCUUCAGCCAGAAUGUCAGCACCACCGGGAGGAGCUAGUGACCGCAGCUCAGCAGAUCCUGGUGAACACCACAAAGGUACUGCUCCUUGAAGACGCGGCGAUGGCGAGGAAGAUGGUGCGGGCGGCCGGUUGGUGCCUGACCUGCCUGGAUGCGCUGGAAGCGGCGGGAGACGCGGCCUCGCUGCGCGGCCCCUUCGCAGAGCUGGCCGCGGCACUGCUGCGCCUGGGGGAACUGGCAGCGCACAGGCCAGAGGAGCGCCUGGGCCGCGCGGGCAGCCUGCUUCGGAGCUGCGUCCCCCCACUGAUCGCGGCCGUCCGCGGCCACCUGCGGCAUCCGCGCGAUCCGCAGCUGGCUGCCUCCCGGCGCCGGGUUUGCGCUCUGGCCAGGAAGGCCCUCGGCGAGCUCCUGGUGCGGCUAGACCCUGGCGCCGCGGCCCCGGUGGCCGGCACGUGGAACGGCGCGCUAGCCCGAGGCCUGGGGCAGUUGCACCAGCUGCUGGUGGCGCCGGAGCCCGAGCCCCUGCACCUCGGCCUGCUGGACUCCCCGCUGGCCGCCGUGGUCUGGCACUGCAUGCGCCUGGCCGCCUGCUCUGCGCCGCCCGAGAGGCUGCACCUGGUGGCCCGCUGCGGCCGGCUGCUGCAGUUGCGAAGCCUCUCGGGGAUCAGCGGACCUCCGGGGAGAGGCCAGGGAAGGCCGGAGCCAGGACAAGAGCGCGCGGCGCUGUGGGCCGAGACCGAGGCCCUCUUUCAGGGGUUCCGCACUGGGCUACUCCGCCAGAUCCUGGACACCUUCACGGACACGCAAAGUCCUCUCCUAAGGCUGUUCCAGGUGGCGGUGGCGACUCCCGCAGACAGCGCCCCUUAUCAUGACGAGGCCUUGCCAAAGAGCCUCCAGCUUUUUCUUGCUACUUUCCAUGACAGGGCCAAGCAGAUGCUCAGAGUGGCUCGCUUGGCACUGGUUUGCUGCCCUCGACAAGAAAUUGGCAGAGACAUGGAGGCCGCCAUGGCAGGCAUUUGGGGGCUCGUGGUAAGAGUGCAACAGCUUUUCUCAGGAAGCCCCCAAGGGUCUGGCCGGGACUGGAACCCUGUCACCCUGCAGGCCCUGCUUCGGGCUUGGGCCAGGGAAUCCGAACACCUGUUGGCAUGUUUUGAUGAUGUUCUCAGUAUUCCUGAGUUCCUGAGUGUGUCCAUUCAGGAAAUGACCAAGCACUUGGACUUCUUUACAUGGGCUUUGGAGAGUGGCAAUUCCAGAGAGUUCUCCCGAUGUGUGGCAUAUCUACAGGGCCGGGCCACACACAUAGCACAGGUAAUGAGCAGGUGUGUGGGCCGGGAACGAGAUCCCAUUUUCCGGAAUGGCCUGAGAGUCUUGAUCCAGCAGCUGGAGCAAUCUUCAUGGGUCUUGCGUGCAGCUGCUGAGCGCUGUUCACAUGAAUAUGGCUCUCCAGACACUGAUGCAUUUUUAACCAUGGCAAAACAUCUGAUCUAUUCAGCUCAGAGCCUCAAAGAGGGGCUGGAUGGGACUAACCACCCAGAUAUCCUCAGCCCCCUUCGGGACCAAGUCCACAGGUUUGACAUUGCUAAGAGACAGCUUUAUUUCAUUCUCCCCAGCCUCCAGAGCUCUGCAGCACCUGAACUGAAGUAUCAGAGAGCUCCUGGGUUAGGGGAAAAUGACCCAGGCACCUCCUAUCCACCAACGGACCAUUCUCCCCACCCUUUGAUUCCUGACACCUGUCCAAAGAGGAGGGGCUCUCCACCACCUGCCAUCAGCAAACUCUUCCUUGCCGUAGAGAACCCUGACCACCAGGCAGUGGCCUCAGCUUGCACCAACCUGCUGGAGCACGAUGCAGCUGUGGGUGCAGCCCAAGAGGCCCUGACUGGAGAGGGGCCACUGGGGCCAGAGAGGAUGAUGGGACUCCAGGGUAUCUCAACACUGGCACCUCCUAUUAUUGACCUAGCAAAAGAGAUAGCGCAUUGCACAACUGCUAGAACUGACAGGCUUCUGGAAGUGGCUCUCCAGCUGAACGGCAGGACCAGGGAAACCAGGCAGGGUUUGGCAGCCAUGGCUGGUGACUGGUACCCUCUGUGUCAACAACUGUUUUGCCACAGCCCAACAGCUGAUCUGCCAGAGAGUACAGCAGUGUUCCUGGAGCUUCAGCGGAAUUUAGCCUCACUGGUUCAACUAGCAGCUAAAAGUGGUCCCAUGGAUUUGGAUAAAAACAGCCUUGAUUCAACUCGCCAUCCAGAAGUGCUUUUACAAAUGCAAGGCAGAUUGAAGGAGGCAGAGACUCGUGCUAAACAGUUGUUGGACAAGGUUUUGGCCUUUGAUGGUCUCCAAGCCCCCAAGUCGUGGGAAGAAAGUGUUGAGGAUGGGUGCCUUCUAUGGUCAGUGGCUGUCCAAGACCUGCUCCAGUACGUGGAGCAUCUCAGUGGGAGAAAAGGCCUGUUCCUACUGCCCCUGCGGCUGGCAAUGAAGAACCAGCAGGGAUUGCAGGAAGGGUUGGAUCAGGCGGUAGAUGUUUCUCAGAGGCUACAAGAGGCUGCCAGGCUGUCCAGCCUACUGUGUGGGGAUGAGCAGAAAAAGGGUGAGGUGUCCUUUCUGCGCAGGGAAGUUCAUGUACUCACAGAUGCCCUGCUGGAUGUGGCACAGAUCUUGGCCUCUUCCCCCAGACCAUCUCCCAGCCUGUCCACACGCUUUGAACUUCUCUGUUUGGAGCUCACCCUUCAAGUUAAGGCCUUGACUGGCCACCUCAGCAUCAUCAACGCAGACUACGAAUGUGCCUUCCAAGAUAUUAUCUUCCCAAGGCCUUCUGUCUGCAAGGAUCCCCAGACUAGACCAGAAAGCUCCCUGGAAAGAAUGGUGUCUGGUAUCCAAGCUGUACAAGAAAUUGUGGUAGAAGGUCAAGAGUAUGGGCCCUGCCAGGAAGACCUCCUUAUGACUCUGGAGAGCAUUCUCACCCUCACUAAGGAGGUGGCCCAGAGGAUCCCUGUGCUCCGAGAAUACCCAGAGGAGUGGGGAAUGCACAUCCUAGGCUGGCUUCGAUGGGAGUGGGCAGCCAAGGCCCACCAUGCUGUGGCUGAGCUGCAGGCCUGGAAAGGUGGUCACACCAAGGCCUGCAGACAUCUGGCCCAGUGCUUGAAACCUGGGGAGGAGCCAGCAAGGGCCCCAGAACAGGAUUCCAUCCAACCCCAGGUCUGCGAGGAGGAUGCAGCAGGAGCCACUGCAAUGGGCAGCGUGGAUUCUCAGAGUGCUGCCCCUGGAACUCCCCUAGGGAGCUCAGUGAGGAGCUGUAUUGCUGAGCCAGCUGUCCCUGGGACAACCACAGUGGACCCGAGCAUGGUAGGGUUCUCAGCAUUUUUCCUUCACCCCCACCUCAGUUCUCUUUCUAGUAACCAAGGACCCUGGCAAGUUCCAGAAAAAGCUGUCUUGGUGUCCAUGUGUGUAAUUCACACUAGGCAGGACAGCACACGCAGACUUUAGGAGCCCGAACUUGGG